AUUGGGUCGCUUUUUCAAUUUCAUAUUUUUCUUGACAUACUAUGACAAAUACCCUCUUUCUAUGUAGAAUUUGUGGGAAAAAUGCUCAUGGGACCCAUUUUGGAGUGAUUACUUGUCGAGCUUGUGGAGUAUUUUUCAGAAGAUCUUUCAAGUCAAAAUGGAUUUUUAAAAAGUGCAAGAAGGAGGAUGAAGGCAAAAUAUGUACCUGUAAGCCAUGUAGAUUACAAAAGUGUGUUGAGAUGGGAAUGAGCAGUAAAAAUUUCCAAUACGAUCGUGAUGCAAUUCUCGCCAAACACCUGACACCGAGCAUUUCCUAUUUUGUGGGUCGUCCUGAAUUUUUACUAUUCUGUGACCCUUCCCAUUCGGCUCCGAAGAUCCUAAUCAAUCUUGAUGGCCUGGUAUCAGAAGCUUCACGUCUUUUGCGAAACGGAGUUGAAAGUGUGGUUUUUGCGGAAACUCAACUGAAAAAAUUGGCACUCGGCCUGAAAGUUAUGCAGGCCGAUAUGAGAAGCUUGAAGUAUUUUGAGAAAAUCGGAAAACCAGAGUUCCUUGACAUUAUCGAAUACUAUUUUACAACAGUUAUAAAAUGGAUCUCCCAUUUUGAUGAGUUUCGAAAAUUGGAUCAAAAUAUUCAGAUGAAACUUGUCCAAUCCAUAUGGCAUAUUUUGAUGAAAUUCCAUAAGUGUAGUGCAACCGUAGCGUAUAGGAAAUCCAGCGAUGAAAAAACCAGGCAACUUCAGAAAGUUAUUAGAAAUGUUUGCUUGGAUCGAGAAAAAAUGAAAAUGGAUUUUAGUUGGAUGAGCGAUUACCCAGCGCACCAUGUUUUGAGAUGCAUGUUCUCUCACAAAUCCUACGACUUUGAAAUUAUCGAAUCCCUGUCGAAAGUGGAUCCAACUGAUGUCGAGCUAACAUAUAUGUUUGCCCAAUCAUGCUUUGAAUAUGCUGGAAAACGAUUUCAAGGAGACAUUCUGAAAAUCACUGAUCACUUUCAACAAGUCUUAUCAAAUGAUCUCCAUCACUAUUAUAUCACCGAACAGAGGAGAGAACGAUAUUUUCAGCGGCUGACUGAUCUAAUGAAAGUUAACAAUUUGAUUCAGAGAUCCAUCUGGGAAACGCGAUCUCGUCGAGAACUUGGCCGGGUUUUUAACAUUUUGAAAGUCCAGUUUUCACAUCCGGAUAUGCUUGAGGAUUCUGGUUUUGGAUAGAAAACGUGUUCUUUGCUGUUUUUUUUUCAAAUUGAUUUUUUUAGUCUUCAAAUGAUGCUCUGAAAUAAAAAAAAUUUACUUUAAAAA